ACAUUUUCGUUCUUUCCAUGUAGUUUGAAUUCAUUAAUUUCGUUGUUUAAUUUGUUGAGUUGAAAAUGGAACUGGAAAUAGAAUGUGGAUUCAAUAUUAAUGAUGAAACCAUAAACUUUGGAAGCAGAGGAAUUGCAGACAAUGAGCCCUAUGAAUCAGUUACCUUUGCUUCUCUAAGAACUAAUGCUGGCAAUACGAGUACUCCUUUGAUUGUGUCGAAGUUAAAUGAGGAUCAAUUGUUCUGCAGUGUUGGUCAUAUUUUUGGAGUAUUUCAAGAUGAACAAUUUAGUACACUUAAAUUUUCCUGUUCUCUUGAUCACAUCAUUGAUGAUUUCUGUUAUUGUUCUACAAGAAAACUUCUGUAUUUAUUUUUGAGAAAUGGUUCUUUACAAAUUUUUAUGGAUACUUCGGGAUCAUUCCAGGUGCUAAAAGUAAUACAAAUAGUGAAAGAACAUGCAACAGAUAAGAAAUUAUUUGUCAAUAUUCAUUUAUUCGAUUGUGAACAGGAUAAAACUUCUCUCCUUGCAGUUACUUCUAAUGGUCAAAUAUUCAAGCUGAACAUUCUGGAAGCUAGUGAUUUGGAACUUUCUGUAACUUUUGAUUUAAUUUGUGAGAUUGAAGGUACCAUUGAAAUAUCAACUUACUACAAUUGGAUGUUAUUCCUGCAUGGAUCGGAAAUGUGGUUAUAUAAUUUGCAUACUAAUACUCUAUCUUCAUCCAAGGCUAUAGACAUAAAAAGUGCUAUAUUUGCUGGAUCAAUGAUUUUAUCCUUACUAAGCUCAGGUCAGUUGGCUUAUAUUUGUCCAGUUACCCUGUUACAUUAUCUGAGAGACAUUGAUUACCCAAUUGAAGCAAUAUCGUUAAUUCGCAAUGAGAGAGGUGAUGUAAAAUAUAUAAAUGCGGUUUCCAUGAAAGAUUCAUCUGAAAAAGUGCAGCUCUACUUGUUCAGACCAGACUUCUCCGUUGUUUAUACUUUAACAAUUAGUAAUGAUAUAAUCUUGAUCCGUCCAGAAUCUGAAGUAGAUGAGGUCAGAUAUAUUUCUUUGGUUAAAAAAAGUGAUGGUUUUAUAGAGCUACGAUUUCAAUGUGUCAUCGAAACUGAUCCACAAAAACGUUUGAAAAGACUGCUGCGCAGAAAUAUGUUUGAUGAAGCUGAGCAGUUUGCUAAAAAACAGAAUCUUGAUGUCAAUAUUGUUAGUAAGGAGAAAGCCAAAGUUAUCACAGAAAAAUGGAGAGUCACUAAACAGGACAUUGACACACUCAUAAAUAUUUUCAAAUCUUUGGAUGAUCAUUCUUUCAUACUAGAUUGUUGCUUGGCAAUAGAAAAUGCUUGCCAGCAGGCAGAAGAUCUUUUGAAGAUUUUGAAAUAUGCUUGUGAGCUACAAGUGCCAAAGAGAGAUGAAACUGCUAAAGAAAAGCAGUACUACUGCAAUGGAUUGCUCAUUAGAUUCAACCUAUUCCGAUUAAUAGGGGAAAAUGAUAUGGAUAGAUGGAAUUCUUUCUUGGAUGAAAACUUGAUAAACGAAGUUAAAAAAUUAUUAAAACAACAGAAAGUGUUUCAAGCUAUUAUGUUAUAUAGUAAUUUGGCCCAAUCAGAAAUAGAAACUUUAAAUGAAGCAAGCAUUGAAGAAAUACUGGACAUUUUGAAUGGGAUAGAUCUUUAUGUUGUCAAUCCUAUUCUUCCAAGAUUUAUAUCGAUUACCUUGGACUGGCUACCAUCCUCUCUUUUGAUUUUUAUGGAUUGGUUGGAAAUGAAAGUUUUCCAGUUGGAAAAACGACACAACGAAGAUUUCCCUGAAAAUGCCAUUGAAUUUUUACGAGUCAAUUCAGAAUACAUGAAAAUUAAAGACCCUCAUAAAGAUAUAAAAAAAGGUAAUGUGAAGAAUUCCAGUCAAAAAAUUCAAACCUCAUUCAGGAUUCUAAACAAACUGGAAAUUUUGAAAUCACAAUUUGGAGUGAAAGUUUCAUUGAAUGAUAUGAUGCAGGAGCCAGAAAUUGUUGUCAGAAACCUUCUGAAUUUAGAUUUGACAAUGGAUGUGUACAAUUCCAUUUUGCAAGACUUUACCUAUAAAUAUAUUUUGGAGAAUGGUUUGAAUCCUGAUGAAUUAUUUUACGAUGCACUAAUUGACAUUUUGAAGUAUCAAGAAAGUUAUUGGUCGAAUAUCAUUGGAUCUAUACUUAGCUGCAUCACCUCCCAAGAUCUGAAACUGCAAGCGGUUGAAAAUAUGUUCACAAGGGCUAAAUUACCCUGGAGUGACGCUGUGAAACGAAUAGGCAUUCAAAUACUGAAAGAGUGCUACCCUAAAUCUGGUAACGUCCAACAACUCAUAGCAGAUGAACCCAGAAUGACGGUUAUGAGUAGGUUGGAGUAUCAUUUUGAUGUCACCAACUCUUCCAACAUAGAUGACUUGCAGUUUAUGGUAAAGAGAAUUAUCCGAUGCAAUUUACCAACGAUGAUAUCUGAUGCAUUCGUAUUAUGCGAGAAUAAAGAAUCUUGUAAAAUUGACACUAUGAGGCUUUUGCUUCAUCAUUUUAUUGAAACAGGAGACUUCACGAAUGUCUUACAACUUCUAGAGGAAGAUGAGGUUAUUGUUAAAAAGGGUCUAGAGCUGGUUCUUGCCGAUGUAGAUCAUAUGAGUGAAAUAUGGACAAUCUCUGAAUAUCAAAAUUAUUCUCAUAUUUUGAAUUCGGGCGUUUUGGUGGAAAAAUACUGUUCUUUAUGUGAAAACGACUUUGACUCGUACAGAUGGAAAAGCAAAGCAAACUCACUUCUUAUUGCAUAUAAUAUGAAAACACAUUUUCAUGUAGAUGUAACGGGAAUAAACAUAGCUAAGUUGAAGGAGAGGAAAAAACUAAUGGAAGAAAUCAGAACUCGUAUCAUAGACGAUUAUGAAAGUGGAACUAAGAAUAUAUUGGAAGUGUUGGAAUCUUUAAAGCUUUUAUCAACUAUUAUAGGUGUUCGCAGGGAGAAACUAUUUUCGCGAUGUUGGAAAACAGUGAAAGUUAACAAAAAUGAAUUCUUGUGCAAAGUUGCUGAGGAAUUUUUGAUUGACUCAGUUGAAGUGAAAUAUCUUUGUAUUCUUGUGGUAUAUAUUUUGCAGAACUUAAGCACCGAAGACGAGUGUUUAGUCACUGAGAAUUCAUUCAUAGAUUCUUACAGCACAGAAACCUCAGAUAAAUAUUCUGGUGAAUUCCUUAAAUUGGCCUCUCAAUUGAUAGCCAAAGCCAUUUGUAUUGCUGACGUCAAACAAUUAGCUGCAUGUUUGAAAAUAGUUCCCUGGGUGGAUUCCAUUUACUUCUUUAACCGAUAUAAGAAACAAGAAAAGAAUGCUGGUUGUUCAGAGGAUAAUUUUGAUAUUGACAAUUUGAAUCCUAGUUUUGCAAGUCUGCUAGCUAUUCAGAAGGUGUUCACCUUGUACACCUCAUUCAUAGCACAAUUUAGGAAUGUCAAUUAUAAAUAUCUCUGCUACUAUAACCGAAACGAAGAAAUUAUGUCUCAGGAAACGCUUCUAAAACAAAUUAAAGAUUUCGAGACUCCCUUGUAUGUUUUGAAUCAAGAAGGCGAAUCGUUGUUAGCAUACAAAUUGUUAACAACAUUACAAAAUAAUCUGAGGGCCCAUGAAGAUCUAGACAUUCGUAUUAAUGAAACACUCAAGGGAAUAAUAAAGAAACAUUUGAUUUCGAAUUUAGUCCAGCAGUCUCUUCUGAUGGGCAAUAUAAACGAGAACUUGUUGCACACUUCUUUGAUGUGGUGUGAUGCUGAAGAGACUGAGAAAUUCAUUGUGCGCACGUUGCAACACAAUCGGAAAAUUCUGGAAAAAGUAACCACAAUAUCAGCGAUUGCAGUGAAAAUGUUCAAUUUUCAUAAGAAAAAUGAUCUCUCUUCGUAUUUCAAACAAGUUAUACUCAGUGUUUCGUGGUGGGAAAAAGUUAAACAUCUAAAUAUUGAAUAUGAUUUGUUCUUCAGAGUGACCAGUGAAGAAAGGUUGAAAGUGAUGAUACAAUCUCAAGGAUUUGACAUUAAGCUCAUCAAAGAUUAUUGUCAAGAAUACAAUUUGUCGGAUAUUCAAUCAUUCUACUUUUUUUAUCUCAAAACUUAUUUAUUGAACUGGAAACCUCGGUAUGAAAUAGAAACCAAUAAUAUUGGUAGAAGGAAGCUGAUUAUGAAAGGUAAUCAACAGAAAGAACUGUUCCACAAAUGCAGCGACGUUUUGAGUUACAUUGACAAUAAAGAAAAGGUUGAGAAGAUGUUGCAGGAAAUUUGGAGCCAGGUUAACUUCUAUUAUUACGAAGUAUUUGCUUGUAUAUUAGAGCUAUACAGAGAAAAUUCAUUCAAACAUUUAAAACUGAUGUUGCAAUUUUUGGGAAGCUAUGAAAGGAUAAAUAAACCCUGUGAUAUUGAAGUUGAAAAAUGGUUCAACACAUUCCAAGAUUGUCAGUUCAUAGAUCCAUUAUCUGAGUUCAGAAUUUUGUUCAAUAAUACUUUACUUGAAUCUAAAGCCAUUUGGAGUAUCAUCUGCAAAGAAAUCAGCUUGGAAAAUUAUACAAAAUGGUUUGAGGCAGUGCAAGCUUUUAGCUUCCUCAGUAUAGACAAUAUCUGCUCAUUUUUGGUCAAGGAACUGGUAGCACAAGGUAUAUUAAAAAUUAUAAAACCAGGUGAUUGGGCGAUAGCUAAACAUACACAUUUGUUCAAUGAAAUUGAUAAAUGUUUGGAUUACAUGAAAGAUGAUAUGAAGAAGAUCACUGCCGCUUAUUUGUUGUUAUCGAAUACUCCUGAAGGUGCUGAUCAAGUAACAAUAGCAGAAAUAGCUUACAAAUACGCAGAAGAAUAUACACUGAGAGCAACUGAUCUGUCACAAGUUUCCAUUUCCAAAAUCGAAAAGAAAUAUCAAAAAUGUUUAUCCCUUCAGAUCUUGCAUAUACAUGAAUUGGCAGAGCAAAAAUAUGUGGAUUUGAUACUAAACAUUGAACAACUCUUAUUAGCUCUUUACCAUGAUGAAAGAAUCAUUAAAAAAAUUACCAAUAUCUGCCAGUAUUGUCCAGAUAUAAAUACAGCAGCUAAAAAACUGGCCAAAGUAUUCAAUUUCGAUAUAACAGAAUUCAGAAAAAAAUUGGUUACUAGUUAUCUUUUGGAUUCGAAUCUGACCGACUUUAGCGGGAAUAUCACAAUAGGAUACUUGAAAAAUUUGAAUUCCUCUGAGGAAACUGAAAAUGAGAGGAGGGAAAACAAUCUGAAAAGGGCCGUUUACAUUUGCUCUGACGACAUUUUCUUUUGGCAUGGUUAUCUGUGGAACGAAGAAUAUAAAAGUGAUAAGUCUGACUUUUAUAGAGCAAGAUGUGUGAAAUGCUUACUUUUAUGUGCCGAUAAAAUUGCUAUAAGGGCUUUGUGCUCGCAGAGUUAUGAGUGUGUUGUAGAUAUUCUCGAUGAACUCACCCUGUCCAGUAUUUUAUCUAAGUUUGGUCUUCAAAUAAAACUAAAUGAUAUGAACACUUGGAGUACAGUUACAAAAAAAUUAGCUCUCAUUGGGUCUCGGGAUAGUGUUCUUGCACUGGCACAAGUUUGUAAGAUAUUGAAGAUAAAGAAGUUGAAAUAUUGGGAGUAUAUAAUUACCAACAUGAAUAAAUACAAAAUGUACUCCGACAUGAUGGAAUUUCUAGAGUACACCAAAGCAGAAGAUUAUAAAUAUGAGAAGUUUUAUGUAGAUGCUUGGACCAAUCUCAUUCAUUACACAGUGAAUGAAAUAUUAACUUCAAAUGAAAUCGAAAUGGAAGAAAGGAUUUCUAAAGAUUUGAUCAUUAUACAACAAUGUCCUGUUAUGUUUUUGUUGAACUUGGAAAACACUAUAAAAAGAUGUAUUCAAUUGAAGAGGCACAGAGUUGCAGAGGAAUUGUUGCAAUAUAUACCCAAGGAUCAGAUUUCCGAAUCUGUAUUGAAAUAGUACGAGAAAUGAAUCAUAUCUGCUUCAUGAUAUGAUGAUGAAUAAAUACAUCUACCAAAUAGUCAAUGUCUGGUUUUUUUUUCUCGAAUUGUGAGAGGACCACAAGUUAAUUUCAGUGGCAGUUUUAUCAUAUUGAAUGAUAUUUCUGUAUAAUUUCUCUUUGUAAGUACAAAUAUAUAUAUUUUUUGAGAAAA